AUGGCAAACCCUCCGUCGACAGAGGCUCCAGUCCUCACUCCUCAAUUCUGUUUUAAUGAAAAAAUUCUUCAAGAUUUCCUCCGUCUCUCCCGAUCAACAAUCGACGAUUCUAUUGCCCAAAAUCUGAAUGCUUUGCUUAUGCCUGCUCGCCAAGGCUUUGAUCCAUCGUCUACAGCAGUACGACAAACUGAUUCUAGAGAACAUAAAGUGAUCGAUUCCAAUGCCUGCCAAGGUUUCAAAGAAAACAUUUUGUUCCCAUCAUGGCAAGCCCGCUCCGAUGUCUUGAACUACUGUGCUGGAGUAGCUACCAGCCCUGAUCCUGAGGAUCCCGAUUUGAUUUUACGAGAGACCGAAUCCGCGCGAGACCGAGAACGGGUUGUGGAUGAACGCCUGGAUCCAUACUCCGCUCGAUUCUUCCCGAAAGAAGCUCGGACUGAAUCACUGGCCAAUUUGGUCCGAAAUCAGCGUACUGUGGAAGAGAUUAUUCGGGCUCGGACAUGGGGAUUGGUUUCUGAGAGAUGCGGUGGCUCUUCCUCGUCCUGGGAGGAUGCUUUGAAUAGCUGGCGAAAGAAGCAUCAUCGAUGA